AUGGGCAGUUGGAUGUUGGCCAUCUCGCACAGCUCAACGAAUCAUGGUCUCCCUCGCCCACACUCCAGGUUAAUCCUGCUAUUCGUGUUGUUGCUUUCAUGGCUGGGUUUGGUAGAGUCGAUGCGCCCCGGUCGCAUCGCCGAGUUGAGGCGCGACACGGUCGAUAUGUUCUAUCACGGAUUCGAUAAUUAUAUGAACAUUGCGUUUCCCGAAGACGAGUUACGGCCCGUGUCUUGUACUCCCUUAACUCGAGAUCCCCUCAAUCCUAGGAACAUCGCGCUUAAUGAUGUCCUCGGCAACUACUCCCUGACCCUGAUCGACAGCCUUUCCUCCCUCGCAAUCCUUGCCUCUGCGCCGCCCGAAGAUGGAGAUACAGGUCCUAAAGCCCUACGCGAUUUUCAAGAUGGCGUUGCUGCGUUAGUUGCGCAGUACGGUGAUGGGCGGCCCGGUCCGUCCGGCCAGGGCGCCCGCGCUCGUGGUUUUGAUGUCGAUAGCAAGGUCCAAGUCUUCGAGACUGUGAUAAGGGGUGUUGGUGGACUGCUUAGUGCCCACCUCUUUGCUGUUGGUGACUUGCCUAUUUCUGGGUAUGAGCCACGGAGACCAACCGAUGAUGAUGACGACCUGGAGAAACAUCCUAUCCCCUGGCCUAACGGGUUCAAAUAUGACGGACAGCUGGUACGACUUUCCCUCGACCUCGCUCAGCGCUUGCUUCCGGCUUUCUAUACUCAGACCGGGUUACCCUAUCCACGUGUUAAUCUCCGCCAUGGGAUACCGUUCUAUGUGAAUUCGCCGCUGCAUAACAACGCUAAUGUGGACCCUAAACCACCUGAAGACUCACCAGAAAUCACCGAAACCUGUAGUGCUGGGGCAGGCAGUUUGGUGCUUGAGUUUACCGUGUUGAGCCGCCUCACUGGAGACCCAAGGUUCGAGCAAGCAGCUAAGAGGGCGUUCUGGGCCGUCUGGUCAAGAAGAAGCAAUAUUGGGCUGAUUGGAGCUGGUGUAGAUGCCGAAGAAGGACAUUGGAUUGGGGGUUUCUCUGGGAUUGGUGCGGGCAUUGAUAGCUUCUUCGAAUAUGCUCUCAAGACACAUAUCCUGCUGUCAGGCCAUGAGCUCCCUAAUCGGACAAUACCGCAGGUUCCUGAUGGGGACUGGCUCGACCCUAAUCAAAUCUACAACCCCCUUUCAGAUGAGGAUAACUCCCCUGAUUCUUUCUUAUCAGCGUGGCACCAUGCACAUGCUGCUAUUAAACGGCAUCUUUAUUCAGGGUUGCAUCAUCCGCACUACGUAAAUGCGCACAUGUCGACUGGCUCGCCACAAGCAUAUUGGAUAGAUAGUCUAGGUGCAUAUUACUCCGGCCUAUUAGCGCUCGCCGGGGAGCUCGACGAAGCCAUCGAGACGCAUCUCGUAUACUCAGCUCUAUGGACUCGAUAUUCUGCCCUUCCGGAGCGAUGGUCCGUCCGUGAUGGCAAUGUCGAGGGCGGUCUCGGAUGGUGGCCCGGCCGACCAGAAUUCAUCGAAUCCACCUACCACCUAUAUCGUGCUACUCAAGACCCCUGGUACCUUUACGUGGGCGAAAUGGUCUUAAAAGAUAUCAACAGGCGAUGUUGGACGAAAUGUGGGUGGUCUGGCUUGCAGGAUGUGCGCACUGGGGAGAAGAGCGAUCGAAUGGAGAGUUUCUUUCUUGGGGAAACUGCCAAGUACCUAUAUCUACUCUUUGACCCAGAUCAUCCCCUAAACAAGCUUGAUGCUUCGUAUGUGUUUACUACAGAGGGGCAUCCCUUGAUUAUCCCCCGAAAGAGGAAAACCAAUCGCCAAGUCCACAAGUCAUCAGAAAGGGCUAUUCAGAGCUACUACGAUGCCCAUUUUACCAAUACGUGUCCUCGCCCGCCCGUUCUCCCCCCAUUAUCCGGCUCUGCUACUGCCGCGAGGCCAGACCUUUACAAUGCUGCGACCCUAAUUCGACUUCAUCAAGUGCCUAACAUUCACGGUGGGUCGAAAGACCCAGUCGCCAAAUUGGGCGGUUCUGAAGCACAGACAAGGCUUUCAGAGAAGCCAAUAGAAAACUACACCUACUUCCCUUGGACAUUGCCGAGUUACAUGCUUCCAACCGACGGAAUCUGCGCCGUGUCAAAGCAAUCUCAGACGACAGUAAUCGAAUUCGCUUCCAAUGGCCAACAAACUAUGGGCAGCGCUUUCAAUAUCAUGUUCGGCGGGCAUAACCUCGUCCGCAUGGGGAGCGAUGGUAUUGCGAUCAAUAGUCUCACUGGACUAAAGAUAGCUUUGCUCGUAGAAGAUCCCCCAGAGACGUCUGAGCGAGCCUGGAGGAUCUACAGCAUUGGAAACUUAGCAUUGGGACGAGAUGAAAAGGUUCUAAUUUCUCGCGAUGUCCUUGAACAUAUGUCGGAUCCUCUAUUCCACCGUGUUCGCGACUCCGUCCUCGUUGACGUUAUUUUGCAGCUUGAACCUCCACAACCUCCAGGAAUUCAUAAUGCAACAUCUGCAGAUGGGGAAGCCACCCUCGAGACUGAACCUGCUAUCGAGCUCGAUGGUGAGACUACCGUCGACAGUCCCAAUUUGUUCAGCUCUUUUCUGCAACAGAUUACGUCUGCUCUGCGGGAACCCGUCGCUACUUUCAGGCCUGAACCAGUACAGAAGCCAGAUUACAAGUAUGUCGAGCUACCCGGGAUUACACCAGUAGGGGUGGGUGCUGCUCCCCUACCCGACAUUCGCGAAGCUCCCAACCCGAAUACGAUUCCGUACAUCGAGUCCCUAUCCUGGCAACGCAUCUUCUUCGCCGACCAGGCCUGCGGUGGUAAGCUCCCCGACGAAGCGCCGAGAGCACACCAAGUAAUUGUGAUGCGACGGGGCGGAUGCUCGUUCUCGGAAAAGCUGGCCAACAUACCGUCGUUUGCGCCGAACCGCAGCGCGCUCCAGCUCGUGGUCAUCGUGUCGGACGAUAAAGAUGCGCUGGACGAAAACAAGGACGACCCGUGGGGCUUCAACUUCAUCCGACCGCUGCUCGACGAGCCGCAGCGCACGCCCUCGGGAUUCCCCCGACACCAUCCCAUCGCCAUGCUGAUGACGGGAGGUGGGCAGGAGGCGUACGAGUUGUUACAAAAGACUAGGAGUUUAGGUCUGCGGAGGAGAUACCACGUUGAGAGCCAGGGGCUCAAGAUUAGCAAUAUCGUUGUGGUUUGA